AUGGCGGAUACCGGUGCCCGCAGAAGGAGAUCCAGCAGCAUUCUCCAGGUCCACUAUGAGCCUCCCGAGACUCUCGAGCAAAUAAGUGACCAAGCUGUCGUGCCCAACUUGAAUGCGAACUGGGUCAAUGCCAAAGGCGCCUGGACCAUCCACUUCGUCCUUAUCCUCUGCUUAAAGAUCUUUUACGAUAUUAUGCCUGGAGUGUCGCAAGAGACAUCAUGGACCCUGACCAACAUUUCCUACAUGUUCGGUUCCUACCUCAUGUUCCACUACGUCCGUGGCGUGCCGUUUGAAUUCAACGGCGGUGCCUUUGACAACCUCAACAUGUGGGAGCAGAUCGACAAUGGCGACCAAUACACUCCUGCCAAGAAGUUCUUGCUCAGCGUCCCCAUCGUGCUCUUCCUCCUCAGCACGCACUACACCCACUACGAUUUAGCCUACUUCAUCAUCAACUUCCUGGCCGUGUUGGGAGUGGUCAUCCCUAAGUUGCCUUUUAGCCACCGGAUGCGAGUCGGCCUCUUCUCUGGCGAGUCCGACUAUUGA